GGUUGGGGGCGCUCUCGUCCCUCCCCCCGGCCCCACCCCCGCCGAUGGGCCGGCCCGGCUCUCCCUGCCGCGAGAUGGGCCGGCCCGGCGGCGCGCGGGCAGUGGCGGCGGCGGCGGCCCAAGAUGGCGGAGCUGCAACUGGACCCGGCGAUGGCCGGGCUGGGAGGGGGUGGUGGGAGUGGGCUGGGCGACGGGGGCGGCCCGGGCCGCGGACCUCCCAGCCCUCGCCCCGCUGGCCCCGCUGGCCCCACGUCCCGCGGCCACAGCCGCCCGCCCGCCGCCGCCGCGCAGCCGCUCGAGCCGGGUCCCGGACCGCCCGAUCGGGCAGGGGGCGCCGGCGCGGCCCGCUGGGUCCGGCUGAACGUGGGCGGCACCUACUUCGUGACCACCCGACAGACCCUGGGCCGGGAGCCCAAGUCUUUCCUCUGCCGCCUCUGCUGCCAGGAAGACCCGGAGCUGGACUCGGACAAGGAUGAGACGGGGGCCUAUCUGAUUGACAGGGACCCCACCUACUUUGGUCCUAUCCUAAACUACCUCCGCCAUGGGAAACUCAUCAUUACGAAGGAGUUGGCAGAAGAAGGUGUGCUGGAAGAGGCAGAGUUUUACAACAUCGCUUCUCUUGUGCGGCUGGUUAAGGAAAGGAUACGGGACAAUGAGAACAGAACUUCCCAACCUCACUGUCCGUGGUUGUCGCAGGGCCCCGUGAAGCACGUGUACCGCGUCCUGCAGUGCCAGGAAGAGGAGCUGACGCAGAUGGUCUCCACCAUGUCUGAUGGCUGGAAAUUCGAGCAGCUCAUCAACAUCGGGUCUUCCUAUAACUAUGGGAACGAGGACCAGGCCGAAUUCCUCUGUGUCGUCUCCAGAGAACUAAAUAAUUCCACCAACGGCAUCGUCAUAGAGCCGAGCGAGAAGGCGAAGAUUCUUCAGGAGAGAGGAUCUCGGAUGUAAACGCCAGAAUCCUAAACGUGGAGAGCGCCCCGGCAGAGCACCUCUGGAAGCUAAAUCUCGCUCCUGUACAGUGACAGCUGCUGCAAAGCGAAGCUGAGCCUGGCCCCCGUGGAGAGUGUUCUGGUCAAACCAAAGGAACCGGCACCCCACCCGCAGGAACCUGAAGACAGACGUAACUUCCGGCUGCAGAAUACCUUUUCAGAAACCUGCUUUGUGUUCUUAGCCAGCGUUCUAACAAACCUUUACACCCGCAUCUGGGCUGGGUUCCCAGUGGGAGCUGGGGCCGGGGGAGGGGAGAGGAAGCGGAGCAGAGGGCACAGUCCCUGAGCUGUGCCCGGCUUCCACCUGAGUGUGCCGAGGUGGCGCUCUGUAACCCUCUUCCCUUCCUUCUAUGCACCGCAUACUAACGUAGAGGACCAACGCAGAGGAGUCUAGCUCCCCUUUGUCGAACUGAACUGAGGGUUUUGAUAAAAGAUGGAGUACCCCACAUUCCUAUGAACUAAGCCUCUCUGAGGAAAGGGAGGAUGGGGCGUCCUUGCUUGUGGUUGGAGGCUGGGGAGUGCUGCUCGGGUUUGGGCCGUUCAGCUGCUGCCAUGUUCAGCUUCGCCCCGUUUGCCUCCGGAAGCCUGGGCCGGCCAGGCGGCUUGCCUUCUUGCCAGGAAGAGGUUGGAGGCAGGCGGCAUUCUGCACCGGAUGAGACCGACAGAUGGGGGCUGUAGGUAGUCCGUGUCACUGCUUCUGCGGCCUUCUCUUACCCUCCCUUGGGCCCUCUUCCUUCCCUGACUUUUUAAACUGGAUAAAGGGACUUUGGACCCCUGGUGGCUUGGGGUGGGGAUGGCUGUUUCUUUAAGAGUUGCCAAAUGUGUCCUGUUAUGGUGUCCAAAGUGUUAUUUCUGUGCUUGUCUCCUGGAAAUGCCUUGACGGAACAUGUAAUAUUUGUGUGUGUCUCUUGGUCGCUCACUUUGGCAGCCCUGCCCCACAGCCUUGGUGACCCCACACCUUCCCGCUGGAGUGUAUGCGUUUGCCGGGCAGCCUGAGGACUCCCGUCCCUGACCCGCCCGCACCGCACCGUCACCUCUCUUUGUGGAGUUCCAUGCCCUUGAGGACCAAACGCUUGUUUGCCCGGGGGAGCUGCGCUGUGGCCACAGAGCUCGUACCGGACCUCCCCUCGGCGUUGAGUCUCAGCAGCUGUGAGUGCGUGGGGCCGGGAAGCCUGUGCUUCCCUGAUGGCCCUGAGCGUGGCAGGUGGGCCAGAGACGGGGCGGGGCCUCGCGAACACCCGUCUGUCAGCCACCGCCAGCCAGUCGCUUCUGGUUUCUGCAAAGCUGAGGUUCCCUCUGCUCCGCAGCUCAACAGCUUGCUAGGGGGCCUGGGGUCGUAAUUUUUGGAUGUGAAUAUAGACUGUGCCAAAUGUCUCUUGAGCUUGUGACCUGCGCAUGCCCAGAAUUCUCACUUUGACCUGAUUUCUCUGUGUAAAGUAGGAUAGACGUGUGUCUGCUGACAGACGAGGCUGCACGCCAGCCUGAGGUGCAGAUUGGCACCUCAGAAGUCUGGCAGGUGCCUAGGAUUUUUACAGCUGUGACAUGUCGAGGAACUUCUGCCUACAGUAAAGGCCGUCACCUUUCAGAAAGGUGGUAGGCAUCCAUCCUGUCAUCUGUCGGGGGGGGGGGUGUUAAAUGUCAGGGAAAAGCGGCUCUGACAGGACAGAGGACUGGAGGAGGUCUCUGCACAAUGGAAUAAGGGACCUCAAAUAAAGGAGGGCGGGACGCGCCCAGUGAGACGUGCUUUCCGGGCACUGGGCGUGCUGGUAACCAGCCUGGUCCCGGGCCGCAGGCACGGCAAGCCCCUGGGGAAUGCAUCUCCUCGCAGAAACCCGCAGCGGCCUGUACAGGGCUGCCGAGCUGCUCAGCGCUCUGAGACGCAGCCUAAGUGACCGCUCUUCUCUCCUCGAGGGCUGGCUUUCACCAAGCUCCCCUCCUCCUGGCAGCCCGGUGACCCUUUAAGUGGCUCCAACGCUCCAGAAAUCUCAGAUGAUUUGUUUCUUAAGGUUUCUGGAAAAGUAUUUUACCCAAACCCUUUAUGAGCCAAGUGGGUAUUUUUCUUAAAAGCCUUCUCCCCCUGGUAGAGUCUGGCUAAUUCAGAGAGAGGUCUGGCCAUUGGCUUGUGGGUGUCACAUGACCAGUGACGCAUCCUCUCCAGCUUCCCAGUGCUGCCAGUGGGGAGUGUCUUCCUGCUUCAUUCUCUGCCCAGGUCUGUGGCCACAGGCCAUGCGGGCCGAGUGACAGACAGUAGUGGGCUUGUCAUGUCCUCAGGACUGCUCUUUGCCCUUGGCAGUGAGGGGGGACCCAGCCCCUGCAGUUGUAGCUGAUCUCAGGGGUGUCGGGAGGAAGGGACAGCUGCUGAGGGGGUAGGACUGAGAGGACACCCACACCCUGCAGCGUGGCCUUUGAUCCAGACGUUCGGGACCAUGCCCAUCACCUGUGGGUGCCCUUUAUGGCUGAGUGCUUGAAGAGUCUGAAAUGGUGUGACCUUUUCCUCGUUUCUUUUGGUCAAUAAACACAUGGAACGAA